AUGAGUACGUACACAGUGACUCUGAAUGGCCCCGCUCCAUGGGGCUUCAGACUACAGGGAGGAAAAGACUUCAACAUGCCACUCACCAUCUCCAGGGUAAGGACACAGUCGCCCUGUAUAGAGGGAGAUUUGUUGUGACAAAGCAACUUAUAAAUAAACCCAAAGAAAUACACAAUGUGACAUUGAAACUACUAAUCUACCGUGACAAAACGACACAGCAGCAGCAGGAACGCAACAUGAAGAUCGUGAACUUAGGAUGUGCCACUUAAAUGCUCUAAUUGCUCUAAGAGAAAUCAAUUAAUGCGAUGCAAACACAGAACUGAGCACGCCCAGAUCAACCAAUGAAAUCAGAGUUUUUGCAACAUUUGUGAUGUGCAGGUAAAAACAAGUGAAAUUAUCUCAGCAAACUUGUAUCAAGCCUGAAAAAAAUUGGUUUUUAGAUAAUAAAAAGAAUCAAUUCCUGCUGCAAAACAAAGUGAAAGUGAUUCUACUCCAAAGAGAAAAUAAGUAGUCCCUAAAAUUAGUGUAAAUUUUUUUGAAGUGAAGCGAUCGUAAGUCUUUCGUCAGGACAUCGGCAGAUCUGACGGUACGAAUUGGCAUGUUUAAAUCGAUCCAAAUGUAAUGUAAAUUCAUUUGCAUGUGAUGUGUGCGCAGGUGUGUGUGUGUGUGUCUGAGCAGAGCUGGGGUUAUGUAAUGUUGCUGUAUGUGAUGAUGAUGACAGAGGGGAGCUCAGAUGUAAUCUCCACAGAGAUUUCGAGAAUAGAGGGACAGUGGAAAGACCGAAAUAGUCCUACUGGAGUGGAGGCGUCGCUGCAUCACUCAACUUUUAGAGCUGGGAGAUAUUUUUAAAAAAUGUCUAAAAAAUCAAGUUUUACUGCAAUAAGAUCUCAGGUUUACGGACAUCACUGUAUCAUCAGCAUAGAGGAGUAACAUUGACGGUUUUGGCAUUGUCACAUUUAACCAUUCACAAUUCACACUGACUGAUUUAGUGAUUUUGUCUGCAGUCAAAAAAAUCUAAAAAUAUUUAUCUAUACAUGAAAAGUGACAGUUUGUACUUUCAUUAUAAAACUGACUGAAAACAAAUAUUUAAGCGUUCAAUAUUUCAAUACCAGUGUUAGUAGCUAUUUGUCUAAAAAAAGGUGGGUUUAAGAUGAACUGAAGUUUCCAGUAAAAGAGAGACAGGGUGUCUCUCUCUGGCAGGACUGCGGGUGUAUUUACAGCGUUUUCUUUAAAUAGCUCUGGAGGAGAGGUGGAUAGAGAUGGAUGGAGAGGGCUUGGAAAGGGGAACAGGGGCAGGAAAGAAGCAAGGAGAGAGGAGGAACUAAUGUUAUCUUUAAUAAGCCUUUGUUAUUGCUGGACGCUUGGUUUGAGUUUUAUCUUUAUGAGUCGGACUCUAAGCAUUGUGGAGAACAGACAAAUGGGGGGUUUGAUAGAUCUGGUAGCAAGUCUGUCCCCCCUGACUUUCAGCUCCUCAUUCUUCACCCUUGAGUGAUUCUCAGUUGGUGAUCGUCCUGCGCUUUCAUCGAUCCACAGCCCUACAUGUGUCACUUUAUUGUCUCCUGAUCCCUCUGUCUUAUACAGCCAAGGGAGGGAAGCUUUGAUCCGUGUCCGCCGGGACAUGGCGUUGUUGGAUUUGUGGUCAUACUGUGGUCAUGUCAGGCUCUGACAGGUUAUCAUAAAACACUCCAGCUUGACCUGACACCUCGGGGUGCAGUUACAGUUUGACGUAACACUGCCAGGUUUUGAUUUCUGCCUGCUUUUGCUAAGAACUAAGAAAGGAAAGGGGAAUGAGGACAGAGGAUUUCUGACGUCUUGUUAGCCAGACUGACCAUCGAAUAUCAGCCACAUCUGAGUUAUGUUUCAUGUCUGAGGACAAAACAUGAAAGUAGGAGGGCUUUAAAGACUAAAACAACAACAAAAAAAGCUGAAAAAGCUGCCUCGCAUGUCAUUAUAAACACUAAAGUAUAUUUACAUGCUGUUUUGAGCCCUCAAAAAACAGCUCUCCUGUGAUAGGCUGAAAGAAGACAAACACUUCAAAAUCCGAGCCAGUGUUUCCUUUUCAUUAUUAUCCAAUUAUCAAAGACUCACCCUUUUAUCCACUUCCUGUUUGAUGAGUAUGAAAACACGCAUGACAGAGCGGUCGGCGGCGUAACGUGUCAACAUGUGUGUUUGAUUAGACAGAGGAAACAGUGCAGAAAAAAAAAACAUUUUCUCCACCUGAUUUCACCUCCCACACCACACCGCCACCUACUGUCCCCUCUGCUCUCUGCAAACCGACACAAUGAAUGAAAUGUGAGGACAGAAAAAUCGACAAGAGGAGCUUAGAUGCAGAGUAGAAGACUGUUUUAUGUGGGAAACGAAGGGGAUUCAAGAUGAGGGUUCAUGAAAAAGGCAAGGAGGGAAUUGAGGAAGUGGCGUGUGAAUGUCAGGAGCAGGUGCGUGGGAGGGGUUGAGUGUGUAUGUGUGUGUGUGUCUGUGUGUAUUUAUGUAUGUUUGGGAGGGGCUCAGCUGGGUCAAUCACAGUGAAGAAGCCAGGCAGGCAGGCAUCAACAGCAUUUACUUUAUUUUUAACUCUUUAACGAGUCGACUGUAAGCCUAGACCCAAUACUGUAUGUCCCUGCAGGCCUCUGAGCUCAUUUAAACCUCCUCUCUGCGGAGUUUAAGUCAGGCUUUGUGGGAGAUCGAGCCAGGAGCACGAGGACUCAGCUGAAGGUCAACAUAUGACUGAUAUCUGAAGUGGGCUAUUUUGAUGCUACAAAAAAAAAAAGUAUAAACUGUGAAGCUCCUGGGAUAAACUUUGAUCUGGUUAUGAAACAGGGAGCAAACAAGCCAUACAGUAACCAGUGUCAAAUCCUAUACAGUAAUUUUUUAAUGCCUGAAACUGCCACCAUAAAAUAGUCAUUGUGAGUGAUGAUUCAGAGGAUAGGAGGACAGUUCGACACAAUAAUGAAAAUGUGCCUUUUUCUUUUUUUACACAAUAACUUGACUCAGUCUUAACACGGGCUUUGGACUGAAAAGACCUAACCAAACAAGACCAUCAGGGACAAGAUCGAUGAUUUUCAUCGUGUGAUUCGUAAUGUUGAAAACAAUGCGAAGGGGGUAGGUGUCAGCCGAGCAGAAACAGCCGUGUUUUAACAUUUUCCAACAAAUUAUUCACAAUGAAUGAUCAACUUCAUUGUUAUAAGUCGGCAAAAUGAGAUAUUUUCUCUGAAGUUUUAGUGGCCAUAUUAAAGAGGAUGGUUUCUACGUUCAGCGUUGAGAGUCCUCCAUCAUUGACUUCAAUAAACCCCAUAAUUUAUGUGAAUAUGACUUUUUAAAGCUACUGUGAGUAGUUUUUGGUUUGUUAUUAAACACACUGAAACUGACACUGGUGUCUUUUUAUGAUCUGAGGUGGUAGAAAAGACCAUUAAAGGAAAAAAUAUAUAGUCUCUGUCUUUGUAGGGUUACUUUUUAUGUCUAAAAGGGGGUAGGGAAGUUAAUGUCAGACCAAAAGACAAACUUUUUUUUACUCACGUUUUAUAGCAAAACUUCUCGGAGUGGUACAUUUUUACUGUUUGAAAGGAGCAGGAUGAGAUUUUAAAUGUGCGUGUUUAAAAACAUUAAUUAUUCAUAACAGGAGAAAAUCAGUGAAGAGCAAAACUUCAAUCAAAACUGAUAUCCUGCUGUGUUAAAGAAGACUUGGAAUGAUGGUGAAAAGUGGUUCCAUAGAACUAGACUUGUUUUGACAGUCAAGUUGCCCCCUGCUGGCCAUCAGCUAUAAUACAGGUUUCAACACAGUCUUUUUCCUUCCUUUAGUACAGUCUUUAAAAAUCAAACUUUUGUGCUCCUCACUUUUUUAAAACUAAAAUUCAUCUGUGUCUUUGCUGUCUUUGCCACCUCAUGGGUCUUUUUACUUUUAAUUCCCUCUUGUAGGAGUUAAAAAAGAAACAGAGAAAGGAAAACUUAAGAUAUAAAUGUGACUAAAGACUAAUUUACUCAGUGUGUAGAAGAUCAGUAAAUAAGCCUUAAUCUAGCAUCCAAAAUCUAAUCAACCAAAAGUGGUCGUAGCUACAAAUAUUUUUUACUUGCUUGUUUUCUCCUCUGAGGAAUCUGUGUCAGUGGUCUCAGUGUGACCUGCUCUUUUGACCUCUCCAUAGAUAACUCCGGGCAGCAAGGCGGUGAGUGCCAAUCUGGCCCAGGGAGACAUCAUCUCAGCCAUCGACGGGGUCAGCACUGAGGGGAUGACACACCUGGAGGCCCAGAACAAGAUCAAGUCCGCUGUCCACAAACUGGCACUCACCAUGCAGAAGUAAACAACCAGCAGCACUUUCAGCAAAACACUUAAAAACUCGAGGAGAGAUUAUAAAUAUUUAGUUAUAAAAGGCAAAAAAAUGCACCCACCAAAAGCACUUAGGAUGGACACACAACAGAGAUAUUGAUCGAGAGCGUGUUUGUCACAUUUUUUGUGUGAAAAAUAAGAAAUUUGAUGAUUGUUUCAAAGAGUUUUUCAUUCUUUAAUCUUCAGAUCAAGACGUCCUGCACCAGUUCCCACAGCUACUCCACGAAUGGAUUCACCCAUGCCAAUCAUCCCCCACCAGAAGGUACAAAAAAAAAACACCCACAACAGAAAUGAGCAAACAGACAAAUGAAAACUUCACCAGCAAACACGAUAAAUCAAUGUGCAUACUCACACCUUUGUUUGCCUGUCUGUAAUCUAAUCAUUUUUGUGUGUGAGGAUAUCAACACCAACUGGUAGGGUCCUGCUGCCCUCUAGUGUCAGGUAUGAAAACUGCAGGGAGCAGAAGUCAGAAAAUGAGAAAUAUAGACAAAACAGUCUAAAGUUGAAGCAUAAUUUUGCUUCAACUUUAGACUGAUUUAGACGGAUUUCUUGAUCGUCUGUAGGAGAUAAAGAAAUCUCUUUGCAGUCCCUAAAAAGAUCUACAACUUUAAAGCUUUUUCUUCAACACUAUCUGCCACAGCUCCAUCAAGUUAGCCGGGGCUUUGCAAUUCCCCGGUCGACCUUAACUCCCCCAAAACUCUCAGAGAAAAGCUGCUGAUACAGGGAAAGUUAGGAGGGAUAUCUGAAGCUUCGUCUCAGGGGUAGGUUACCGCAGGGAUAAAUAGCCUGCGGUUACAUAAUGCGAUGAGAAGAUUCAACCCUCCCAAAAUAAAGACCACCUACUGUGCUGAUGCAACACACAUAAACAAAAAUACUGCUCAUCAUUAUUUUUGAGGAAUUAGAUAAAAUGCAUAUAAACCCCUCCUCAUUUAACCCAACACUCACUGGACAGUCACUCCUCUCACACGUGGAAUUACAGCUGGAGUGUACACACAAACAUACCGGGCCGGCCUCCAGGUUACAGAAUAGCAGCAGAUCAGAGUGCAGGGUCGCCUCAGGCUCAACAUGACUGAUCUGAGAUACUGCACCAAAGGUCGUGGGGUCUCAGAGUUUGUUUUUUUUAGUGAUGAUAAAAUCCUUCAGAAUUCAGAAUAAAAGGAAAUAAAAUGAAAAGGCUUAUUUAGUUCUCGUGAAUGGUGCAAGGUCAUUUACUUUGAAAUAAACAUGAAAUCAGAGAGAUGAUGCUGCGAAAAGGAAAAUCUUUAAUGGGAGGUUUUUUGUUUUUUUAAUUUCCUCUUCGAUGUUUUUUAUCUUCAGGCAAAUGAAUCUCCCUCUUUUCUUCGAGACUGUCACAAAUGUUAAUCUUUUUAAUCUUGUUUUUUGAAUUUUGCUUUUAAACCGUAUUUUGUGGGUUUGAAUUAUUGGUGAGGUUAUGAAAGGAUGACAAUUGCACAAAAAAAUGGGGAACUUAAGUGUCCUUGGAAAAUUCAAAAUUCCUAACUUGGUUCAUAUUUCUAAAAUUCAACUCGAGAAGCCAAAUAUAGUUUCACUAUUCCACACCACAUUUGCCACUUUUCCAGUAUGUUAUGUUGUGUUGAAUGCUCAAAUUAUUUUUCACCGUCACAUUGUGAUGAUCUGAAAAGAUGAUAAAUAGAGAAAAGCAGGAGAGACAUACUGAAUAUAAAUGAACCAACACUUCUGAGAAGCAGUCAACCGAUUACAUUUGCAUUAAACCACAACAACAUCAUUUGAAACUCUAUAUAAAUGUGUUUAAUUUGCACUUUACCAACCAAACCAUGCAGAACUACAAACACCCAGAGGCUCUGAAGUAUCAAAUCAAUGACCAGGCAUCACUGUUAUGUAUGUAACAGGCGUUUUAUGUUUAUUCUAUAUUAUUAUUAUUAUUUAUUGCUUCUCCUCAGUUUGUAGUGAUGAGAUAUUAAAUUUUAGGACAUGUAGACCUUGUUCCCGAUUUCAAAUUAAUCUUUUUGUUUCAGUGUGAAACUGUGCUCAUUGAACUGUUCUUGCUAUGAUAGAAAAUCAUCUUUCUUCAGCGACAUUUCUUUGAAAAUGUGUACUUUUUUAAAGUCAUUAUUAUUGAUAAAGUUUAUAUAAUUGUUUUUUUAAAGCAUACACAUGAAACCUGUUGUCAAAAUUGAACCUAGAUAUGAUUUAUUGUAUUUCUAAACAAAGAUAUUUACAGAUGAUUAACUGAAAUUGUAUUUUUUGAUUUUCCAUUACAAAACUUCGAAUCAAGCUUUACCAAAGUUUGACAAAUUUUACAUAUAAAACAUACAACUCAACUGACUUGCAGCUUUAUCAGUCGGUUCAAAUUGGGCUCAGAGUGUAUGUCUUAAUCCUGACCAUACUGUAUGUUGCAAUGACAAAAGUUCAGCUGUACCGUAUUGAGGGAACUGGCCUCAGCGAGAUGGCAUGAGUAUGAGUAAACCCUCAGCCAUGGAAAACUUGCAGAAGUUAAUUGAGGGCACAAACUUCCUGGCCUCUGACAUAUCCCGUCCAGGUAUCAGCACUCACUAAUGUGUUUCCCCUCUGGAGCCCAGCAGCUUCACAGCUACAGCCAGCGUUAAGUCAGGAGGCAGUAAACGUGCUCUGGGCAGACCGCAGGGUGAUGACGACAGUAUCAUGCCAGCGGCCCCACCUCACCCAGUACAUGAACACUCUGAUUACACACACACACACACACACACACAUGGGCGGACAUACAACACAGGAGAGAGCAGCUGUUGAACAUGGUCAUGGAAUGUUCCGCUCCGGUUACACACCAUCAUCCUGAAUCCCUGAGAUGCCGUACCUGAGAUAGCUCUUCCUCUCCGUGGGGAGAUGUCUCACGUGUGAGGCGACUGUCCAGCACAUUCGGCUUCACUCAGUGUACCCUGAACACAUCAUGUACUGUAUGGACAACUUUGAUAAAUACUCUAGGAUACACUCUCAAGCUUUUAUCCUUAACCCAAAUACAAAAUACCCUUAAAGUGGUGAUAAAAAACAAAGAUUUGGGGGUUCAACAGACAAAGUUCAUCUGCAGUCCUACUCAUGUAAUUUAGGGUUUAUGUGUGUAAUGUCAAGCAUGCAAUAAGUCUCAAUCCAAAACUGUCUAUAGGUUUUUGCUAACUUAACCCUUUAUUGCCUGAAACCACAAAUUAUGGCUAGAAAAUUCAAAUAUUUUUUUGGAGUUGAAAUGUUUAUUUCACUUGUAAACAUAAAAAAAAUCAAAAGUAAACUAAAGACCUACCUUUUUAAUCUGGUUUUUAGCUAAAAUUUGUUUUAAUCUUUUAAUCCGCAUUAUAUGAUUUUAGGCUAUUUUAGUCCUAGAGUAAUUCUUUUGUGUUUUAUAACCUUUUUUUAUUUACUCUCUUUCGAUGUUUGAUUUUAAGACUUUUAUUUCAUUAACUUUUAACGCUUUAUCACCUUUAUUAUAUUUUAUCACGGUUUUAUCAUUUAGUCCGAGAUCCAGUGUUUCCUCAUCUUUUUUUAACCAAGAUAGUCCCAGUCUAUGCAUCUCUGUGUGUGAGUGCUGUAUGUGUUGAAUGGGGGUUGGGAGGGUGGGCGGGGUUUGAUAUUUGUAUUUUUAUUUAUUCUAUUUCAUAGUUUUUUUAUUAUCCUGCGUGAAUGGACAGCACUUUGUGCAACAUUAUAUGUAUGAAAAGUGCUUUAAAAAUAAAGUUUAACUGAUUGAUUGAUAUAAUUUAACAAAUAUAUUUAUUUAUCUUGUUUGAUACAUUUGAUGUUUUCGGAAACGGAUAAACCACAAGAGGACAUUUUUAUCACUUAUCAGACUGUAUACAGGUGUUUUUUUAGUAAUUUGUCGAUCAUAUUGAUUUGAUGGAAGUAUCAUAAAAGUAUGUAUCAAAUAUGAUACAAAAGGCUACCUGGAAUUGGGUUAAGUUUUGCUUGGGAAUUUAUUGUGAAAAUUUAGAAAAGGUAGUUUCAUAAACACACAAGAGUAACACACAAAAGCUUUUGGGUGGUUUAUACUUAGUCUGCUUCUGUUACCUGGCACCAAGUUAAACUUUGUGUACCGUGUGUACAGUAACCUUGUAGACACAAAGAAAUCAGCAGGUUUCGGACUCUUUACAGGUCUGCAAUGUUUGGUACAAAAACUGUAGAAAUUAAUUUCAAAGGUUUUUAAAAGUAGCUUCUAGGUUUUUAAUUUUAUACCUUAUAUUUUCCUCUGGCUGAGUUAUUUUUUAGAGCAUCUGAUGACACCACAGCUCCAAACACGUCUUCUCUUCCUGGAAUUUGUGUUUUUUAAUCGCAGCAUUAAUUUGAAACCUAAACUGCUUCUGCAGGGCAGGUUUCUCUGCUAGAUUGGAUGAGAAGUAAUACACAGUGUUUUUGAAGUCCUACCAUGAGUAGAUCAGGUGUUGUGUGUGUCGUGUAUUUGCGUCCGUUCUGUGCUAAAUGUGUCCCUGUCCGUGUCAUGUGAUCAGGACGCCCCUGCUGUUGUCAGUCACUGCUGGUGAUGCAGGGGUAGCUGGUAAAUAUCCCAGUGAUGAGAAAUGACGACUAUUUUGAUCUGUACAUGGGAUUACAGUGAAUCAGUGGAGCUAGAUAGUUUCCUAUAAAGACACAGGACGCCAUUGUUAGCGCGGAAAUACCUGUGGUGAUUCAUUACAUUCUCUCCAUCUCUCCCUCUUUCUCUGUGUGGUGUGUUUCAGGUCAUCGCCAACACAGCUGCAACGUUAGUACUGUCAUGUUUCUCCGAAGUGAAUGUGCAUGGAGGUUGCUCCAGUAGAGAGAGUUGUAGCUUUGAAUGUUUGAUAACUGGUCAUUUUGGUGUGGAGUGAUGUUGUGACCCGUGAUUAGUUCAUAUCAAGUCAAACAAAAGUUUUAGAGAAUGCUUUUUUAUUGUUUUUACUUUAAUACUUACACUACUUGGUGGCUGAUUUAACUGUGUGUUCCUAACAGCACUAAGGCCCAAGAAGUGGAAAGACAAAAAUACUUGUGCUAAACUAAACUAUGAUGACAGAGUUUGUUUUUUGUUUUAGUUAGUCUUCAUGUAAAAAAUAAACAGAGAGAUAUUAAAAGGGCAGACAACUACCUGCACGACAGUAACAAACAUAGGUCAGCAUGUGAAGUCCAACUUAACAGCUAAGGUCAAACAGCAGUUGCAUUAGGCUGCCCUUUUUCAUUAUGGCCUUGAAAUGUGUCAAAGCCUUUUCAAGAGGGUUGUUUUGUUGCUCUUGAAAAUGACACAGAGGCCAGUUGUAGAGUAAAACUAUGAUUUUAUUCCAAAAAAACUCGAAACUUUAUCACUGUGAGUUCCUUUUUUUUCAAAAUUCCAUGUUUUUCUUUCGUAAUCUGGCCUUAAUGCUAAAUUAGAGAGAUAAACUCCACAAGUUGGAGAUUUGCCUGGUGGUUUUCCUAAACCUCAGCAUGUUUAGUUUCACUUUGAUAGCUUUUAACAUGAACUGUUGCUCCUUAUUAAGCUCUUAGUAACCACUGCUAAGGCCUCAAAGUUCUUCCAUGGACAUGCUGCGUCCCAGUGGUGUACAAAAAGCUGGUAAUGAAAAAUAAACAACCAAUUUCGAAGUUAAAGCUCCAGUGAGGAACUUAGACAUUACAAUUUAAAAAUCAUCAGUCUUGUCAAAGGUGGUGUUGUUUGCUUAUAUUUAUCAUAAAAAGGCAUUAAUGUGAAUUUCAGCUGAUUUUGUAAACAUCUAAAAAUUACUUACAGGAGCUUUAAAUGACUCACAACCAAUCAGGUUGGGGGAGGCGGAGAAUGGCUUUGAACGGCUUUGUUAACAGUCAGGGAUUUGUUACAAAAAAUGUAAAAUGUUGACGACACAGACAGAAGAGAACACAGCGAUAUCAUUAUAUUCCCAAAUGUCAUCAAUAACUAAUAGCUAUUGACUGAUAUUAAAAGCUUUUUUGUUUAUACACCACAAAAAAAGGUGCUUCUUUGACAGAUUCCUGCCUACCCCAACUUUAAAACCUUAUUCUAUAGAUAAUUGCGUUAAAACAAUAUGUAGUUUGGAACUUGGACACAGCCAGUGUAAUGUUUAAGGUGUGUAUUUUCUGUGUAUUUGAAGUUGUGGUUGUGCAACAGCGAUUACAUGAUGACACGCUGACACAGUUUCGUCCCCUCACUCUGGUGUUUUCUCUACAUUUCUUCCCUCUCAUAUUCCCAUCUCCUCGCCCUGUCCAUUAACCUCUCAUCUUCACCCCUCCACCUGACACCGCCCUCGACUCCCCACCUCCUCCUCGACCCACUGACCUCUGACCCUGACACUGACAGUGUGGAGUACACCCCAAGCUUCAACCCCAUCGCCCUGAAAGACUCUGCCCUGUCCACCCACAAGCCCAUUGAGGUGAAGGGCCCUGGAGGAAAAGCCACCAUCAUUCACGCCCAAUACAACACACCAAUCAGCAUGUACUCGCAGGACGCCAUCAUGGACGCCAUCGCAGGGCAGUCACAGGCCAAGGGACACGACAGGUGAGGUCACAUAACGAAACUCUCUGACUCUCUGGUCCUUUUACAAGCUCCCUUCACCCACACACUUUACACCACAUUACAUUACAUCAAUAAAACGGCCCGCCUGAUGUGAAACUAAAGGGUUAGUUCACCCAAAUGUAAACAAGUAUAUUUCUCACUUACUAACAGUAGUUUUUAACCAUGAAGAUAUUCUGAGGGAAUUAAAUGGAGAUUGAUUUCUUGCAGUUGACCGUUAUGAGGUUGAAAAAAGAGUUCUGCAAGAGGUAUUUGUCCGUACUUUUCAUUUGGUGCUACUUCGUACAGAAGGUUUAGCUCUCAGCUUAACGUCCUUUGACCCUCAAAGUCCAUAAAGUUACUUUCACUGGCUUCGGGAAAGUGAAGUCAAGUACUGUUCUAGGCAAAACAAAGUUUAACUAUUUCUCCCAGGUAUGGAAUAAAGUUACAAUCAUGUCAAUUACUGGUGUUGGGUCAGUGUUUAAUAGCAACAUUAGUGGGGCUCAUGGGUAGUUUUCACAGACAUUCACCAACAUAGAUGUAGAUGUAUAAACACUAGAUGGAUUAGGCGCGCCGAUAGUCUUCAGAGACCGACGGCCGUACAUGGCGGCCAUCUUGCUUCAGGCAGCUAACCCACUCAAAACAUUACAGUCUAUGGAUGGUGCAUGCAGUAUUUAAAUAACCAUAGAUUGAUUAAUUUUAAACCGAUGUUCAAACGGUAUGUUUUGUAACAAACCUCAGAGUUUUAGUUAUGUUUCUGCAAACUCAAGAAUAAUUUUAACCAUGGAUUUUCAUAAAUAAACAUUAAGCAGAUAGGUCGAGCAAUAGCUAUAGGCCUACACACACACAAGGCAGUUAUAUUAAAUAAAACAUUUAAUCCUUCCAUGUAUGUUUUAUUAGUAAUAUUUCUAUUAUAAGGAUUACUAUAAUAACAUAUAGCAAUAACAUAUAUGAAUAUUUAUUUUCAAUAUAAAUUUCUGCCUCAUUUUGCCAUUUUAGAUGUUUUUAACAAACCAAACAGUUUGGAAAUCAUGUGCAACUUAAGUUAUGUUGAAACGAAGAGCAUUUCUGCCUUUCCCACCGAUGUAAAAUUCCUCAGCCAACUUUGUAAUAGGUGGUCUCACUCACAGCCAGUCUUUUAGCCAAGUUAGACAGCUGAUAGACACAAAAACAUCCACAAAGACCGUCAUAAGCCUUUCUUAUAUAUGUCAAAGUUCACCACACCAAACUAACAGAAAAAGAAAAUGCAGUUCUUUCUCAUUCUGACUCUGUUGUAUCGAGGAUGAGGUAAAGUUGUAUCAGGGAAAGUUUUGGCAAACAAAAUAAAGAUAUCUACAUGGCUGAGAACUUUUGGAGUAAGUGACAUUAUAUGAUUUUUGGAUGAACGAGCCCUUCACCAUACUUCUGCUGAAAAGCCCAACAGAGACAGCAGCGUUCAAACAUAGAAAUCUAUGUUUAGCCGAGGCUGCAGCGACUCUGAUGUCUCCUUUACUGUAUGCCUGGGCUUUUCCGUGUUGUCUGUGUCCGUGCCCCGAACUCCUCUGUGCCUUUCACCCACUCUCCUCUCCUCAUUCCAUCCACAAACAAACAACCAACCACACCUGUGCUGUCCUCCACCCAUCCCUCCCCAUCCUCCCCUCCUGGUUGUGAUCUCAGUGAGGAGGCCGGCUCUCCCUUGGCGUAAGUAGAGCAGCGCUCCUUUUCCAUCCCGCCUCUCCUCGUACCCGUGUCUCCUUUGUCUCAUAUAUCUUAACAGCUUGUGCACCGCUCCGUGUGUCUCGUUAAUAUCCCACUGAUCAGAUUUUUUAAUCCACAAAUGUUUUCUCUUCAUGUCAUUUCGUGUGUUUUUGAGGUUUAAUCCGUCACACUAAAGUUUUCAUGAUUUCACAAACUCACUAACCACAAGGCCUUCAAGGAUUUGGUCAUGUGUGUGGAAGUACCUCAAGGUACCUUGGCCAAAUUGUGAGAGUGUUGAGGUUUUUUUUUUCCCAACAAGCAAAGCAACCGAGAUCAACACAGUGCUGGACACCUGAUGGGGUUUUAGGGCAUGGGAAUGUUCGUGGAGUCCAACGGAAGUUUUUCAAGGAAAAUCGCCUAAUUAAUAUCAAACUAUUUGUCUAACAAUGAUUAAAAAAUUCUGGUGAAAUAUAGUACACAGUUAUGCUGCUGUAUGAACUCCCUCUAAUAUCUAAAGUAAACUACACUUACAGGUACCAUGAGCUAUACAAAAACAAAGACAACAUUCAUGAUUAAUCAAAUGACUGUGUUCUGCAACCUAAAUGUAAUAAGUGAUCAUGAUGUAAAAACUGCCCAUGUUGACAUGAAGUUUCUUUUUGACCAGAAAUCAAGUUUGAAGGAAAAAUAUUUGAAGUUGUACUGAAACAUAAAAUCACAUAAAAAGCCAUGAAUAUUCAGGUAAAAGUAUCAUAAUUAUAAUAGUUACAUAACAGAUUACAAAUACUGACACACUAGUCUGUAAGAAUCACCAGUGUCAGAUUUGCAUAUAGGGAUGAAGGUAAUUCAAACUACUUUUCUGUCAUGUAACUUAAUCAAUAAAAAGUGAUCAGGAGUUGACUUUGAAUAAUAUCAGAAUCAAUUUACUCAACCUGUGGGGGGUGAAUUACUUUUUUUUUUGGAUCUCCGAUGAGAGGCCGAUAAACUGGAAAGUGGAUUUCAGCUCCUUCAGUCAACUGAAAGAUUUCAUGUCUUCCUCUUGAUGCUCUGAUGCUCGACUACCCAGUUGUAAAUAACCACAGAUGGUAUUUGUAGAGUAGUUUGGAAGUAUUUAGUCAAAGAAAAUAAAGACUGAAUUGUUCAUAGAGUGUGUCUGGUUAAAUUGGCACACAAGCGCUUCAUUACAGCGACACAUAACCUGUGAGGCAUUGUGGGCAUUUGGUACAUUAUGAACACCUAUAACAUUUAGGCCCUCUAUGAACUGUGCACACUACAUAGUCAGGGAUGUAACACUACUGUCUGCACCCACAGUGGAGCUCUGCCCGUAAAGGACCCCGUGGUAGACUGUGCAUCUCCAGUUUACCAGGCAGUGAUCAGGCCAGGAGAAAAAACGCAGGACAUGUCUGAAUGGGCUCGUCGUGCUGCCAACCUCCAGUCUAAGAGCUUCAGGAUCCUGGCCCACAUCACUGGCACCGAAUACUGUCAGUACACUCAAUAAUCCUUCCCUUCUUCCUUUAUAUUCUUUCAACAUGACUUACCUCUUGUUCCUCAUCUCUGCUGAUCCUCACUCCUUGAUCAGACUCAGUAAUCAUCCUGACCAAAUCCUUCUGUUCUCGUCUCUCCAUGCAGUGCAAGACCCAGAUGAGGAAGCCCUGCAGAGGUCGAGGUAAGGUGGAAAAUGAAAUAAGAGGAGCUGCCAGUAUCCUUGAUUUUUUUUGGUUAAGUUAUUUGAAGGUCUAGUCAACAUGAAGAAAAAUGCACUUUUUCAAAUCCACCCAAUUGACAUAAAAUGCUACAGCCAGAUAUCGCACCCGCUGCUUGCAGUGUCAGCUUGUGCCCUAUUGAAAUUGCAGGAAUUAUUUAUUUUUGUUGUUAUUAUUAAUAAAAGUUUUUCAACCUAAAAACACCCUAGACAGGCUCAAAGCCUCAUGAAAUUUGGCAGACAGGUCGGGCCCGGCUCAAAUUAUUUUGCUGUGUCUCUAUAUAUAUGACAAAAAAGACUCUUUAGCACACCCUACAGUUUUCAUACUUGGGGAGUUUCCUGCAUAAAUUCCCGUACACUGGUUCUACCUCCACCAGAUUUUAGUUAUUUAAUGACGGUCCAGCGGCAGACAAUUUGAUAUCCAACUUACGUCUAUAUGUUGUAGCGCCAUCAUACUAUACUGUGGCAUUUUUAUCAUACUAUACUAUGAUUUUUUAAUACUAAAAUUAGAUUUUUUUUAUGCAAGAAUAUGAAAUUUUUAACAUACUAUACUAUAACAUUUUUAUCAUAGUAUACAAUGACAUGUUUUUUUCUCAUGCUUAAAUAUAAAAUUUUUAACAUACUAUACUAUGACUUAUUUUGAUUAAACUAAACUAUGAUAUGUAUUUAGAACAAUAUUUUUUUUUUUCACACAAUGAAAUAUGAAAUUUUGAACAUACUAUACUAUGGCAGUUUUAUCAUACUAUACUAUUACAUCUUUAUCAUACUAUAUUAUGAGAUUUUUUUUCACACUAAAAUAUUACAUUUUUAUCAUACUAUACUAUGACAUUUUUAUCAUACUAUACUAUGAGAUUUUUAUCAUACUAAACUAUGAGAUUUUUUUUCACACUAUACUAUGACAUUUUUAUCAUACUAUACUAUGACAUUUUUAUCAUACUAUACUGCGAUUUUUUUUCACACUAAAAUAUUAUGUUUUUAUCAUACUAUACUAUGAGAUUUUUAUUCAUAUACUAUAAGAUUUUUUUUUCGCUCUAAAAUAUGAAAUAUUUAACAUACUAUACUAUGACUUCUUUAUCUUAAUAUUCUGAUAUUAUGUGGAUACAAUUUUUUUUUCUUUUUUCUUUUUAUGCAUAAAUUUAAACAUUUUCACAUACUAUACUAUGACUUUUUUAAUCAUACUAUACAAUAAUUUUUUAUACUGAAAAUUGAUUUUUCUUAUGCAAGAAUAUGAAAUUUUUAACAUACUAUACUAUAACAUUUUUAUCAUAGUAUACAAAGACAUGUUUUUUUCUCAUGCUUAAAUAUAAAAUUUUUAACAUACUAUACUAUGACUUAUUUUGAUUAAACUAAACUGUGAUAUGUAUUGAGAACAAUAUAUUUUUUUUUUUUUCACACAAUGAAAUAUGAAAUUUUGAACAUACUAUACUAUGGCAAUUUUAUCAUACUAUACUAUUACAUCUUUAUCAUACUAUACUAUGAGAUUUUUUUUCACACUAAAAUAUUACAUUUUUAUCAUACUAUACUAUGACAUUUUUAUCAUACUAUACUAUGAGAUUUUUAUCAUACUAAACUAUGAGAUUUUUUUUCACACUAUACUAUGACAUUUUUAUCAUACUAUACUAUGACAUUUUUAUCAUACUAGACUAUGAGAUUUUUAUCAUACUUAACUAUGAGAUUUUUUUUCACACUAUACUAUGACAUUUUUAUCAUACUAUACUAUAAGAUUUUUAUCAUACUAUACUGAGAUUUUUUUUCACACUAAAGUAAUAUGUUUUUAUCAUACUAUACUAUGAGAUUUUUAUCAUACUAUACUAUGAGAUUUUUUAUCAUACUAUACUAUGAGAUAUUUUUUUCACUCUAAAAUAUGAAGUUUUAAACAUACUAUACUAUGCCAUUUUUUUCCAAACUAUUUUUUUUUUCUCACUAAAAUAUAAAAUUUUUAUCAUACUACAGUGUGAGUUUUUUGUUAUAAUAUUCGGACACUUUUUUGAUACUGGAAUUUAAAUUUCCUUUUUAUGCUUAAGUAUGAAACUUUAAGAUACUAUACUAUCACCUUUUUAUCAUACUAUACUAUGAGAUUUUUUUCACACUAAAAUAUUACAUUUUUAUCAUACUAUACUAUGAGAUUUUUAUCAAACUAUACUAUGAGAUUUUUAUCAUACCAUACUAUGAGAUUUUUUUUUCACUCUAAAAUAUGAAGUUUUAAACAUACUAUACUAUGCCAUUUUUUUCCAAACUAUUUUUUUUUCACUAAAAUAUGAAACUUUUAUCAUACUAUAGUGUGAGUUUUUUGUUAUAAUAUUCGGACACUUUUUUGAUACUCAAAUUUAAAUUUCCUUUUUAUGCUUAAAUAUGAAACUUUAAAAUACUAUACUAUCACCUUUUUUAUCAUACUAUACUAUGAGAUUUUUUUUCACACUAAAAUAUUACAUUUUUAUCAUACUAUACUAUGACAUUUUUAUCAUACUAUACUAUGAGAUUUUUAUCAUACUAAACUAUGAGAUUUUUUUUCACACUAUACUAUGACAUUUUUAUCAUACUAUACUAUGACAUUUUUAUCAUACUAUACUGCGAUUUUUUUUCACACUAAAAUAUUAUGUUUUUAUCAUACUAUACUAUGAGAUUUUUAUUCAUAUACUAUAAGAUUUUUUUUUCGCUCUAAAAUAUGAAAUAUUUAACAUACUAUACUAUGACUUCUUUAUCUUAAUAUUCUGAUAUUAUGUGGAUACAAUUUUUUUUUCUUUUUUCUUUUUAUGCAUAAAUUUAAACAUUUUCACAUACUAUACUAUGACUUUUUUAAUCAUACUAUACAAUAAUUUUUUAUACUGAAAAUUGAUUUUUUUUAUGCAAGAAUAUGAAAUUUUUAACAUACUAUACUAUAACAUUUUUAUCAUAGUAUACAAAGACAUGUUUUUUUCUCAUGCUUAAAUAUAAAAUUUUUAACAUACUAUACUAUGACUUAUUUUGAUUAAACUAAACUGUGAUAUGUAUUGAGAACAAUAUAUAUAUUUUUUUUCACACAAUGAAAUAUGAAAUUUUGAACAUACUAUACUAUGGCAAUUUUAUCAUACUAUACUAUUACAUCUUUAUCAUACUAUACUAUGAGAUUUUUUUUCACACUAAAAUAUUACAUUUUUAUCAUACUAUACUAUGACAUUUUUAUCAUACUAUACUAUGAGAUUUUUAUCAUACUAAACUAUGAGAUUUUUUUUCACACUAUACUAUGACAUUUUUAUCAUACUAUACUAUGACAUUUUUAUCAUACUAGACUAUGAGAUUUUUAUCAUACUUAACUAUGAGAUUUUUUUUCACACUAUACUAUGACAUUUUUAUCAUACUAUACUAUAAGAUUUUUAUCAUACUAUACUGAGAUUUUUUUUCACACUAAAAUAAUGUUUUUAUCAUACUAUACUAUGAGAUUUUUAUCAUACUAUACUAUGAGAUUUUUUAUCAUACUAUACUAUGAGAUAUUUUUUUCACUCUAAAAUAUGAAGUUUUAAACAUACUAUACUAUGCCAUUUUUUUCCAAACUAUUUUUUUUUCUCACUAAAAUAUAAAAUUUUUAUCAUACUAUAGUGUGAGUUUUUUGUUAUAAUAUUCGGACACUUUUUUGAUACUGGAAUUUAAAUUUCCUUUUUAUGCUUAAAUAUGAAACUUUAAGAUACUAUACUAUCACCUUUUUUAUCAUACUAUACUAUGAGAUUUUUUUCACACGAAAAUAUAACAUUUUUAUCAUACUAUACUAUGAGAUUUUUAUCAAACUAUACUAUGAGAUUUUUAUCAUACCAUACUAUGAGAUUUUUUUUUCACUCUAAAAUAUGAAGUUUUAAACAUACUAUACUAUGCCAUUUUUUUCCAAACUAUUUUUUUUUCACUAAAAUAUGAAACUUUUAUCAUACUAUAGUGUGAGUUUUUUGUUAUAAUAUUCGGACACUUUUUUGAUACUCAAAUUUAAAUUUCCUUUUUAUGCUUAAAUAUGAAACUUUAAAAUACUAUACUAUCACCUUUUUUAUCAUACUAAACUAUGAGAUCUUUUACUCAGAUUCGAAUUGCUUUUCAUGCUAAAAUGUGAAAUUUUUACCAUACUUUACUAUGACAUUUUUAUCAUACUAUACAAUGGUAUUUUAAAUUUUUAAUUCGAAAUUACUAAACUCUGGCAAUUUUUAAAAAACUCAAAUUUGAACUUCUUUUCAUGCUUUAAUAUGAAAUUUUAAACAUACUGUAGUAUAAGAUUUUAAAUACCUAAGUAUGAUCAUUUUUAUCACACUACACUGACAUUUUGCAAUGCUAAGAUAUGAUUUUUUUCUCAUGCUUAAAUAUGAAAUAUUUAACAUACUAUACUAUGACAUUUUUAUCAUACUAUACUAUGACUAUUUUAUCAUAAAAAACUGACAAUUUUAGGGUACUGAAAUUAUUUAUUUUUUGUUUUCAUGCUUAUAUGUGAAACUUCAUAUACUAGAGCAUUACUUUUUUUUAUCAUACUAUACUUUGAUUUUUUUAAUCCUUAAAUUUGAAAAAAAUUUCAUGCUUAAAAAUAUAAUUUUUAACAAACUAUACUAUGAAAUUUUUUAUUAUAUUAUACUAAUACAUUUUUUGACACUAAAAAAUGACUUUUUUUACACUAAAAUAUGAAAUUCUGAACAUACUAUACCACGACAUUUUUUUGUACUAAAUUAAGAUUUUUUAUCAUGCUCAAAUAUGAAAUUCUAAACAUAGUAUUCUAAGACAUUUUUUCAAUACUAAAAUUAUUAUUUUUUCAUAUUCAAUAUGAAAUUUUUAACAUACUAUACUAUGACAUUUUUUUGACACAAAAAUAUAUUUUGGCAAAUUAGAAUAUGACAUUUUUUAACAUACUAUACCAGGCCAUUUUUAUUAUACUUAACCAUGAUUUUUUGACAUACUAUACCAUUAUAUUUUUAUCAUCCUAUACUUUGAUAUUUUAACAUUCUAUACUUUGAUAUUUUAACAUACUAUGUUAAUUUUUUAUUACAUAUAAUUUGUUACGUCCUAGUGGGCCAUGGAUAUGUAGGACUAACAAAAACAGCAAUAUAAAACCAAGCAAGGAUGAAAAAAAAGAGAAUGGCAGGAAGAGACAAUAAAUCAACUCAUUUUAAUAAGGAAACUCAGGACACACAAAGCACAAAGAUUGACAAUACGAUUAAUUCUUUACUUGACAACUGGUUAAGUAGUUUGAAUGAGCAUGCAGCUAUCUUAGCAUGACAUAAAACCUGGAAACAGAGUGUGACACCAAUCCUCUUUUUGCCCAAAAGAAGCAAAAAGUUAAGAAAAAAUGUAAAAAGUAAGUCGUCUAAUCAUCAGAUGUGACAUAUUUUUAUAAAACAUAAUUUUGAUCAUACAUAUGAAAAAAUAAAUAAAUAUUUCACACAUUUGAGCCCCCUCCCCCAAAACGGAAAUAAUAUAAACAAAUCAAAGUCACACUGUAAGAAAUUGAACCAGUCAGCAAUAAACUUUAGCAUUAUGCUCAUCAGAUUUUGUUACGUUAAAGCAGAGUUGUGCUAGCUGUUUCUCAAUUUCCAGUUGUUAGUUAUCCCUCUGAAAACUUGUUGAAAAAGUAUUUCUCCCCCUUUUUUGACACCUACAGGGAGAAGUUUGAGUCUGAGGUGAAAGGGCCCCGUUUUGCGAAGCUGAAGAACUGGCACCACGGACUGUCCGCGCAGAUCCUCAACGUCACAGAGUAA